AUGAACGGGCGCUCCUGGAGCGGGUCGUCAGGCCCAGCAGGUGAGCGAGUGGAGGUCGGCUGGCAGGUGGAGUGGUCAUCAGACCGCUCCUACACGUCGGAGUCUCACUGCUGUAGUGUCGUUUGGUCAUUUCUGGAUCGUGGCUGUAAAGCAAACUGGUUCUCCUGUGCAACUUUCUUCUUGUCGGCUGCAGCUGCUCCUCUUCGAGGAUGGCUGGAUGGGAAAUCUGCAUCCGUGUCCCAGAGCCUCGGAUGCAAGAUGGAGAUUCAGCGAGCAGACCACGAGCACCACGGUUUCAUCAACGAGCCUCACCGAGCUCUCGUCCACAUCUACAGUGUCAACAUCGGCGACGACCAGGACCCGUACCUCUACAACAACCACAGUGUCGCGGCCUCAGCCUUUGACGCCGAAGGGAGCGGCCAGUUUCGUUCGCCUUCGCGUGACCUUGCCGGCCUCAGUAUCAUUAGGAUUUUCCGCCUUUUGGAGGGGAAGUUGGUCUUGGCUGUUGGGGAUGCCGCAACCGCCGCUGAGGACCUCGCCACGGCGCCGGGGCGCGCAGCCCUUUCUGCAGCCUUGGCCGCGACCUUCGGAGUGCAGCAGGAGAACAUAAAUCUCUACGAUGUCUCGGUGGCUUCAGAAGGGCGUCGGCUGUCUGGAGCAGUCACCAUCGGCUAUGAUCUCCUGGAGCUCGCCAACCGAGGAGUCGCAGUGGUCGUCACAAGCAUCCAGAAUGUGAAGAUGACGACGACAACAACUACGAAUACGAAGACGACCCUCACCGUGACGACAUCGCUGACGACCAGAACUACGACGGCCUCCACCACUUCCCAGACCGUCACCACGACCAACACUCCGGUCGACUGCGUGCUUGCCGACUGGUCAGACUGGGGAAAGUGCGACCGCCCCUGCAACGGCGGCAACCGCACGCGUGAGCGCCAGGUGCUCCAGAUGGAAGUUUGCAAUACGAACGCUUGCUCCGACUGCCUCGGGGGCUUCUACCUUGUCUUCCUUUCCGAUACCGCCACAAACUGCAGAUACAAUCCUGACCCAGGAGCGACUGGACCCGAGGCUUGCACACCUUGCUUGAUGGGUGAGCGAAGUGGGGAAGGCGCCUCUUUCUGCGAGCCCUGCGCCGAAGGCUCAGCGGCUGCCCCUAUUCUCAGCCGAAGCGUCGCCAGUAGCUUGGGCCACUUAUCAGGGAAUUUCAUCCCUGGUCCCCUUGGAGAAGCGGAGCUUUCCUGCGCGGGCACCUGCUCUGGCAUCCUCUCCUUCAAAGCCGCCUGUGCUUCGCAGAGGUUGGUCCAAUUUUCAGCCGAAGCCCGCUCGCCGAUUGGCCAGCCUGCCCUUCUUGAGCUUACGGUCAGUGGUGGUGCGCCGGUUGGCUGGAGCACACCCGGCACCACCACCUGGCAAGAGACGGGCUUGUCGGCCUCGGUGCUUCUGCCUUCAGAGGAGCAGACCACCAUUCGUCUUUGGGCCUCGCAGGAAGCUCGGCCUGCAGAAGGCUGCGGAAAUCCUUCGCACAGCCUAGCAGGGCCUAGCAGAGUCUAA